GUCAGUCAGGCUUUGACUGGCUGGAAAUUCCCGUCCUCGGCGGCUCCUCCCCCGCAGAAAUCCCCUGGCUGGGGUGUAUAGGCCGAGCGCCGCCGCCGCCGCUCACUCGCCAGCCGAGCUCCGCGCCAUGCUCAGCGCCCGCCGCCCCGCCGAGCCGCCCGUCAUGGAGGGCUACGAGCAAGCCAAGAAGGAGCGCCAAGGCGGGCUCCCGCUCGACGACCGCCACGACAGCGGCUUGGACUCCAUGAAGGAGGAGGAGUACCGGCAGCUGGUGAAGGAGCUGCAGGACAUUCGCCUGCAGCCCCCCGAACCGCCCGCCUGGGCACGGCAGCUGACAGAGGACGGAGACACUUUUCUCCACUUGGCGAUUAUUCACGAGGAAAAAGCCCUGAGCCUGGAGGUGAUCCGGCAGACGGCGGGGGACCGUGCUUUCCUGAACUUCCAGAACAACCUCAGCCAGACGCCUCUUCACCUGGCAGUGAUCACCGAUCAGCCUGAAAUCGCUGAGCAUCUUCUGAAGGCUGGAUGCGACCUGGAGAUCAGAGACUUCCGAGGAAACACACCCCUGCACAUUGCCUGCCAGCAGGGUUCCCUCAGGAGCGUCGGCGUCCUGACGCAGCACUGCCAGCCACACCACCUCCUCGCUGUCCUGCAGGCGACCAACUACAACGGACAUACAUGUCUCCAUCUGGCAUCUAUUCAAGGAUACCUGGCUAUUGUCGAAUACUUGCUGACCUUGGGAGCAGAUGUAAAUGCUCAGGAGCCGUGCAAUGGCAGAACAGCACUACAUCUGGCUGUCGACCUGCAGAACCCAGACCUGGUGUCGCUUCUGGUGAAACACGGCGCCGACGUGAACAAAGUGACCUACCAGGGCUAUUCCCCUUAUCAGCUCACCUGGGGAAGAGACAACUCCAGCAUACAAGAACAGCUGAAGCAGCUGACCACAGCUGACCUGCAGAUGUUGCCCGAAAGUGAAGAUGAGGAAAGCAGUGAAUCUGAGCCUGAAUUCACAGAGGAUGAACUUAUGUAUGAUGACUGCCUUAUUGGAGGACGACAGCUGGCAUUUUAAAGCAGAGCUUUCUGUGAAAAGAAGGGACCGUGUACAUAUGUAUAGAAAGAGGACUGAAUUUCUUCCUUUUAAAAAGAAAGUUGCAAUGCAGAGGGAAAAGCCAGGAGGGAAAUACUACACUGCUUGGCAAGGAGCACGUAACUGUAACUGGACGAUUCCAGGUUCUGGCCUGUGUUUAGGUACAGGAGUGGGAUGUGUAACAUCAGUAGAGAUCUGUGAUUAUUCACACCGCUUGAUAAAGAGCUGCAUAGCUUAUCUUCUCAACCCUACAGAGGUAACAGACUACACAUCCAACUGGCUAGUUACAGAGAGCUACCUUGUGGCCUUCACUACCUGAGGAACAGGUCCUCUCGUGGCAGGGCAGGCUCAUACCAACACCCCAUCUUCUCGGAGAUUGUGUGUUAAUUUAUGUUGGGCUGAAGGUGCUCCCUGGCCUUACUGACCCACCUCAGCUGCUCUCGUGAGGUGUCCCAGUGUCCCAGGUGGAGGAGUCCAGCCGAGGCACUGGUGACCUCCUGGCUAUUAGGAGAAAGUAGCAAUAAUGUUAACUGUGGGCAUUGGAAACUGUGUGUUUCACACCAUGUGUGUCAUAAUUGCUACACUUUUUAGCAGUUGUAUAUUGUGUAAAUACUGUACAUUUUUUGUUUAUAAUUAUUUUGGUACAUGUGAGAUGUGUAUUUAUUAAAAAAUGUCAGAUUACUGUG